GACAUACCAGCAGGGUCGGAAGGAGGCAGGUACGGAAGCUGAUCUGCAAAGUUAGGCAGUCGGAGCUGGCAUUUGACAGAAAAACGGUUGUCCCUGGAUUUUGAGCAUCUGACGCUGACCUCUGAAUCUGAGCAUCCCCUGCUGCUCCCUCACCCUUCGGAGAGAUGUCUGUCACUUACGACGAUUCCGUUGGAGUAGAAGUGUCCAGCGAUAGUUUCUGGGAGGUCGGGAACUACAAGCGGACGGUGAAGCGGAUUGACGAUGGCCACCGCCUGUGCGGCGACCUCAUGAACUGCCUGCACGAGCGGGCGCGCAUCGAGAAGGCGUACGCGCAGCAGCUCACCGAGUGGGCCCGGCGCUGGAGGCAGCUUGUGGAGAAGGGGCCCCAGUACGGGACGGUGGAGAAGGCCUGGGUGGCCGUCAUGUCUGAGGCCGAGAGGGUGAGCGAGCUGCACCUGGAGGUGAAGGCCUCGCUGAUGAACGAGGACUUCGAGAAGAUCAAGAACUGGCAGAAGGAGGCCUUUCACAAGCAGAUGAUGGGGGGCUUUAAGGAGACGAAGGAGGCCGAGGACGGCUUCCGGAAGGCGCAGAAGCCCUGGGCCAAGAAGCUGAAGGAGGUAGAAGCAGCAAAGAAAGCCCACCAUGCAGCCUGCAAGGAGGAGAAGUUGGCCAUCUCGCGAGAAAGCAACAGCAAAGUGGACCCGUCGCUCAACCCUGAGCAGCUUAAGAAACUUCAAGACAAAGUAGAAAAAUGCAAGCAAGAUGUUCUCAAGACCAAAGAAAAGUAUGAGAAGUCCCUGAAGGAGCUGGACCAGGGCACGCCCCAGUACAUGGAGAACAUGGAGCAGGUGUUCGAGCAGUGCCAGCAGUUUGAGGAGAAGCGCCUGCGCUUCUUCCGGGAAGUUUUGCUAGAGGUUCAGAAGCACCUCGACCUUUCCAAUGUGGCCAGCUACAAAAACAUUUACCGUGACCUGGAGCAGAACAUCAAAGCUGCUGACGCCGCGGAGGACCUGAAGUGGUUCAGAACCAACCACGGGCCGGGCAUGUCCAUGAACUGGCCGCAGUUCGAGGAGUGGUCUGCUGACAUGAAUCGAACUCUCAGCCGGAGAGAGAAGAAGAAGGCCACUGAUGGUGUCACCCUGACAGGCAUCAACCAGACAGGCGACCAGGCUCUGCAGAACAAGCCCAGCAGCGACCUUAGUGUCCCAAGCAACCCCACACGGUCAGCGCAGUCACUGUCCAGCUACAACCCCUUCGAGGAUGAGGACGACACGGGGAGCACCGUCAGUGAGAAGGAGGACAUUAAGGCCAAAACCGUGAGCAGCUACGACAAGGCGCAGAGCUGCCCCACUGACUGGUCGGACGACGAGUCUAACAACCCGUUCUCCUCCACGGAUGCCAACGGGGACUCCAACCCAUUCGACGAGGACACCACCUCGGGGACCGAAGUGCGGGUCCGCGCCCUUUAUGACUACGAGGGCCAGGAGCAUGACGAGCUGAGCUUCAAGGCCGGGGACGAGCUGACCAAGAUGGAGGACGAGGAUGAGCAGGGCUGGUGCAAGGGACGCUUGGACAACGGACAGGUUGGCCUGUACCCAGCGAAUUAUGUCGAGACGAUCCAGUGACAGCCCCGUAGGCUGGCUGGCGGAGGGGUGGAGGCUGUGGCCCCAGGAACUCUGUUAGCCAUCGGCCUGGGCAGCACCUCUGGCGCCUCCAGCCGGCUGUGUGGGCGUCCACUUUUUCCUGUAAAAGAUGAUGGCUCCGUUGCUCUUGGCUUCAUGGUGUCUCUUGAAGACAGAUGAGCCGGUCAUUUCACCUGAGACUUGCAGCCUUCCCACAGUGCAGACGGAGAUCUGAACACAGGAAGACACAGUACAACAGACAUCGCCGCCCCCUCCCCGCUCCCCUGCUCGGUGUGCGUGUUGGCUUAUCAUGGAUCUGUAUAUUCUUGACCUUGUCUUUCUGCCUCUCCUCCGCGUCAAUGGUGGGUUACACUGAUUCUUGUUCCACUGAUCCCUUCUCGGAUGCGUCUUAUCACCCGCGACUUAAAUGAACAAAUUUACAUGUCAUUUUCUGAGGUUUUUAAUUUAAAGACUGUGUACGGUUGUACUUUUUUAUAUACUUGUUCCUCCAUUCAUUUACACUUAAAUUAUGGCACAGAUUGAUGUACACCAGGCUUGAGGAAGCGACACCUCUGUUCCCGUGUCGUACUGUUCGAUUGGCUACGCCGCUGCCCGGCUUAUUUGGCCAGACGGUGUGUGAGGCGAGAGUUUGCAGUAGGGAAUUCUGGGACGUGUCAUGGCUGCGUCUCUGCUGAUGCUGAGUGCUCUGUGCCCGUGGGCGCCCAGACAUGAGUUUAAGAGAUAACCUUAUGCCAUGCUUCCCCCAGUCACCAUAUUUAAAACCUGUUUCUGCUCUGUUCAUGCAAAAAAGUUAACUCUUAACAAUUCUGCAGUGAUUUGGAGGUUAAAAGAGAGAAGACUAACUUUUCAGGCAAAUGCAUCUGUAGAUUACGAUGCUUUAUGAUAAACAUAAAGUCAUGUCUUCAUGUAUAUCUGUAUAUAUUAUUUGAUAUUCAGAGAAUCUAAAGAGCUUGUCUACUGUUUUAAUGAGAUUAAAGGCUCUUGACAGUGGGUUUAAUUGGUUAAACUGCUCGAAGGCCGUGGCAUUCGGGCACAGGCGUGGCGGGUCAGCCGGGCCUGCUCCGGGCUCGGGACAUCGGCCCUGGGCCUCUCUGAAGACGGUUGGAGGGUGGUCUGUCCUCCCCGGCCAGCUGUGCGUCCAGCUUCUAACCAGCUUUCGUCCCCUCCGUAGCAGAACACUGAAAAACUCCCAGGUCUUUCCAGUGAUUGCAAAUUUCAGUCAUCCGUAUUCCUCGUGAGCAAACAGAAGCUGGGUCUCACCCCAUAGCACAGGGGUCUCUUCUGGGCGCCCUAAGUCAUCAGGGAGCAGACGCACUGCCACAGGAAGCUACACUGAACUCACGGGGCAUGGGAGGGAGGGAAAACUUUUAUUUUGUGUAACUCAGACGUUGGUGAAAUGGCCACCGCCAUCACAAGCUAUGCAUUUACGCGAUGUUUCCAGGGAGCUCGAUGUCUUGCUUGGAAAGUGAAUGUGUGUAUGUGUUUCUCUUGAAGACUUACCAGCAGAAAUCCUUAUUCCUUUGCUACAGAUUACCAAAAAUAGUCGUCUUUUCGGUUCAGGAGUUUCUUUAAAUGUAUAGUAUUUUAGGAAAAAAAUCAAUAAACAGUUGAUCUCAUGAA